AUGCGAGUUGGCAGUGCAACCUCGCUAAGUUCGGCUGGCUUUGAGGCUUCGUGUAGUAUCGAUGAUGAGUCGUUGAAGAAAAUCCGAUCAUAUGGAAAAUUCUUCUCGACAAGAUUUGUACAAGUCGUUGUACAAUCUCGCACAAAUGAAAAAUUCGAUCUAACAUGCAGCACGGGAGUAUCAGCUGAUUGGUUCAACGUGCGAGUGGAUGAAUUGGGAGAGGUGUCAGCACAGUUGAGGAAGUCGACAACGAAAUAUCCCCCUGACAUCCCGUCCAUAUCCGUGGACUUUUUUCUGUACACAAAAGAUGCGGAAACGCUGCCUUUGGAGUCAUGGUCUUUCAUAUUUGAUGGAAGCAAGAAAUCCGCAGAGGAGAGUAGCUCUCUAUAUCACGACUUAUCGACAUUGCUUCGCUCUUGUAUGCUGGCUGCUAGAAUGACGCCCACUCAUCGCUAUUAUGUAAAAAAACAAGGCCCGGAAACUUUCGUAAUACUCUACAGGAUAGCCGAAGGUGCUUCAUCUUUGGAUCUCGGAAGUGAAAUGAAAACAAUUCGAUUGGGAUCCUUAGCUACUCAAAUCGGGACAUUUAGCUUGGAAUUGAACUAUAGGACACGAAUGGAAAUCGAGCAAAAAAUAACAAGCGAUUCGCCUAUCUUAGAUUCAUACCAUCAGAUUGUUUCAACAACCUCAACUAUCUACGCUCAUCCAGCAUUUGCUAGCUCUCCCGAUACUCCAUCCUCAUUUUGCGAAGUCAUUUCACAUUUUAGUACCAGUCCAGCGAGUGUGGCAGCAUCGCCCAUUCCUGGUCAGCUUGCACUAGCAACUUCCCCUCCUGGCCCUCCUCUACACUUUAUCACUAGAACUAGGAGCAGGACUCAAUCCACACAGUCAGCUAAUUCGGUUAAUGCUGAAUCGCCACCUUCCUCUGAUGUUGGCUCAUUGGAAAAGGAUGGCGCUCGUCGAAGUAGAGAACAUUCGGGAUCAUUGACCAUUUCGAAGGAUAUUCCAUUUGCUGGUCUACUUACUAUGUCAUUCACGGGUGCACUCUACCCACUAACUGCUUUAACCGAAGAAAAGUUUAACCAUGAAAAUGAGGAAGAAGAAGCGACCGAAGACAAAGAGGGUGCUGAAGCAGAUGAUCCAAAAAUGCACAAUCCAAGUCUAGAAAACACUAUUGUUGCUGAUACACCGCUAACCCAAACGACUCCACCAGCUUCUACGGUCGCUUCAGUGGUUGCAUCAACGGUGAAAAAUAACCAAAGUGAUGAAGAGCCGGAAGAUGACGAACAAAAAGAACAAACCGAGGUUGAAACGUCUAAAGACUCUAAAAGCGAUGAAUUGGAAGAAAAAGAAGACGACGAUAGUUUUGUCAAGAUACCAUUUUUUGGAGCCGGCUCAUCUCCAACUUCGAUGACGACAAGCGCCGAAUUGGGAGAGUUGGUUUCCGCGUGCCGAUUUGCACCCAACAUCACCGAAUUCGAAAGCAUCAGUGUUUCGAUUGAACGGAUCAAGAAAGAGAUUGACAAAUUCGAGACCACGCAAGGCUUCUUCGACGAGUUUGUCAACGAAAGUGUUAUGGAAGCGCAGGAUAAUCAAAAGCCCUCUUCAUCGGGUCCAAUUGAAGCCAAAAGCAAGGAUGAGCUAUUUUUUGUGACCGAGGCCGAGUUCUGGGAGCCAAUUCAAGACGAAUACGUGAAGAAACUUUCCGAAAUGAGCGCUGAUGAGAUGUAUCCAUCCUUUAAUCCAGGACCGACAAAACCCGAUGGAAGUAUGAAUUUCGAAUGUCAUUGCGUGGGACAUCUUGUUGCUAGUCCUUGUGGAUACGAAUUUAGAAACGUGAUAAGUUGUCAAAAAUCCGCAUCCGAUAAAGAAAUGGAGGACGGUGCUUGUGCCGAUGAAAUGAUCGAAUUUAUGAAUUGCGCUUUAAGAACGGAAUGCUUCAAAACAGCAAAGCAAGAUGAAGAAGAUUCGAAGCCAAGCUCUGAAGAUAAA